AGGGGAUCCUCUCUGACUUGUGCUGACACGAAGCUCCGGGGCCGCUCUGAUUGACAGCGCUGUCGGCCAAUGGGAAAAAGAAACCGCACAUAGCCCCCCCGACGGCACCAGGGCUGAGAGCCAAUGGGAAGCAAGGGGGGGAGGGAAUUUUCCCAACCGGGAGAAAAAGUUGGAAGUGAAGUUUGGACUUGAAAGAGAGAUAAAAUUCCCUUCGGUGCGGUGACGCGAGAAGGGAGAUCAUAAGAAGUGACCUCACGGUGUGUGCAACAAGAGAACAGGCGGAAGUUAGUUUUUUAUUGGCAAGGUGGUAGUUUGUUGUAACUAUUUUAAGGGUGUUGAACAUUUCCACCCGGUGGGCCAUGGCGAGCUUCAAUGGCAGAGACGAGUCGGGAGAGGAGGUUGAUGGCGGAGCAGCGAUGGGCCCUGAUUCGAUAAACAGGACUCUAAAUAGACAAUCUGGAGCUCUCUUGCGUAGAUUUAUAUUGGAGACAAUACAUGAAGAAGAUCCGCAAGCCCAACUCAGCCCUGAGGAUCUUGGUGGUUCCAGGAAAGAGAUUGAUGACCCUACAAUCAAGGAAAUAUGCAAGAGUUUGAAGAAAAUUGGGGAUGAGCUGAACAGAAAUGCUGAAUUACAGCACGUAAUCGAGAACGUACCUCUUGAAAACAUCCGAGAUAUAUUAUACAAAGUGGCUGAAGGGAUAUUAGUUGCUGAUGGCUUGAACUGGGGACGAAUUGUAACCUUCCUCUAUUUUGCAGGCAAGCUUGUUUCUAAGGCACUGAAAAAAUUGAGAGCAAUGAUUCAACCCAUAAUCAAUUGGUCUUUAGAUUUGAUUCAAACCCGUGUUAUUCCAUGGAUUCAGCAACAAGGUGGAUGGGAGAUGAUCUUUUCUUACUUUGGAACUCCCACAUGGCAGACUUUUGCAGUCUUUUCUGCGGGCCUAGUUACUGGCAUUUUGGCGAUAAUGAGAUUGACCUAACAACACUGUUCCUUACGUUUGGCUAUUCACUUUCGAUAUGCAGACUGCAAUCCAAUGGUUUAUUCUCCAAUUCUCUUGCACCUGAAGCUACGGGAAUCCUCUGUACAGAUCUGUCAUACUUGAAAUAGUGGGAUUGCUAAUAAUGAACUUUUGAAUUGUUGGACAGUUUUAUAUUUAUCCUUAUUACUUGAUUUUAAUUUUUACAUACUUUUUUAGAAUUAGUUUUUUUUUGGUUUGAAGUGGAUACUUUUUCCAACCAGCUGACUUAUUUUAAAACUUGCAGCAAAUGUGCCUGAUAAAGCACUGGCUAAUAAUAUAGCAAGUGUUAAUAAUGAACUUUUUAAUACUGGUGCCAAAAAACUUAGGAUAAAACUGUUGGUUUGACAUCUGAAGAAGCUAAGUUAUCUUAAAAACCAGUUAGAUUUAUUUUACCUUUUUAAGGUCCUUGUCUUACUAUUUUUGACAUUACAGCAGGCAAUUUAAAAUAAAAACUGUUGCUGGCCUUGAACUGGCCACAAUCAGAAUCAGGAACAUAGCAUUCAACUUAAUGCCAUUCAGCCCCUGGCAUCUGUUCUGCUAUUAAGUUGUGUCAUGGCUCAUCUAUAUCUUGACUGCAUGGUUCCAUGACCCUUAAUACUCUUGCUUAACAAAAAUCCAUCAGUCUCAGUUUUGAAGUCUUUAUUCAGCCCCGAGCCUCACAAAUUUUUAUAGGAGUCGGUUUCAGAUUUACACUACUCCUUGUAGAAGAAAUGCUUUGUUUUUUGCAUCACUUCAGAAUGGUCUGGCUCUAAUUUUAAGGUCAUGCUGCUUUGUUUUGGAUUCUCUCACCUGAGGUAACUUUCAAUCGAUCUACCCUAGCGAAUCCUUUAGCCAUUUUAAGCACCUCAGUUAGAUCACCCCUUAAGUUUCCAUGCUGAAAGGAGCACAAGCCAAGCCUGUGCAAUAUAACUUCAUAAUUUUAGCUCUCUAUCAUUCUGGUGAAUCUGACCUCCAUCCUCUUUCAAGGCCACUGUGCCCUUCCUGCAGUGCAGUGUCACAAACAGAAUGCAGUACUCUGAAUAAUAGCUUUAAUAUUGUUAAAGUUACUUCUACCCCUUUGUAUUCCAUCCCCCUUGAGAUAAUGAUUAGCGUUAUGUUUUGCCUUUUUACUUCACUCCAUACAUGUGCUGAAGCUCUGCCAGGCAUUUCACUCCAUUGUGCUGCAGCUUGGACACCUCUUUGCAUCACUGUUGAAAGGACCUGGAGCAAUAGAUGUUUGUAGCAAACUUUGUGUCAUUUGUGAUAUAUUUGAAAUGCAUAUAUUCUAAGUCAGAAGGUUGUGGUUCACUGCACGUUUACAUGUUCGAAUUUAUUUCAUACUGUGAAGGAGCUACAAUUUGAAUUAUGUUAGUGCAUUGAUUUAAGUAAUUGUUAAAGUAUCCUUUUCCGUAUUUGAAUUCAUUAACGUAUAUUGUGAUAAUGUAACAUUAUAUGUCAACAAAUUUAGGGCACAGCAAUAACUUUAUUUAUAUAGCUCCUUUAAUGUCAAACAUCCCAAGCCGUUUCACAGGAGUGUUAUGAAACAAAAUAUGACACUGAACCAUUUAAGGAGAUGCUAGGUCAGAUGAUCAAAUGUUUGGUCAAAGAGGUAGGUUUUAAGAUGUGCCUUAAAGGAUGAAAACAGGACAGGGAGAGAGAAAGAAAUGUAGGGAGCUUAGGAGCUCAGCAAACGAAGGUUUGCCACCAAUGAUGGAGCUAUCAAAAUUGGAGAUGCUCUCUUAAGAGGACAGAAUUACUUGAGUGCAGAUAUUUCGGAGGGUUGUGUCACUAGAAGAGAUUACAGAGAUAGGAAGGGGUGAGGCCAUGGAGGGAUUUGAAAUCAAUGCUGGGAAUUUCGAGAUAAAGACAUCACUUGACUGGGAGCCAAAGUAGGUUAGCGAGCACAAGGUGAUAGGGGAAUGGGCUUGGUGCAUGGGCAGCAGAGUUUUAAAAGAUCUCAUUACCUUCGGCUAAUUGUUAAAAUGCUGCCAUUAGUUGAAUAAAGGAUUUAGAUUGG